GUCAAUCUGGCUGUAUUGCUGUAUUUAUACAGCACGCAGCAGUCGCUGACUGAUGAGUCCUCGUCCAGGAAGAGCCCCCAGCGCCUUAAACGUGUUGUCCCAUUGACAAAGAGCAGUAUAAAUGUGGCAGACUUGGUAACUGUUGUUUUGCGGGACUUUGAAGACUACGAGAAUGAUCUGGCCGAAGUUACAAGCCACGUGAUAAAGGCAGUACCUAAUAUUGCUGUGUUGGCAGUGGCUGAUAAACUGCCUUAUCCACCUGUGAAGUUACCGCGAGCACAGAAUAUUGUCCUCAUGACAAAUGUCCUUAACCCGACAAAACCUCUGUCAGAUUUUCGUCCUGAAGCUCACGUGAAGUCGGAGUUUGUUCUUGUGUUGCCUGACACUGCUCUGGUAGAUUCUGCGGAUAUGAUUAAGGACUUACUGAUAUACCUGACCAGCACAGCUGACAAGGACCUGCGGGCAGUGGCUGUACAGGUAGGUGAGGAGGCAGCCAAGUGUCAGAGUAUGAUGGUGGAUGUAAAGCGGUGGACGUUAAAACACCAUGACCCUCCGGCAGAGGAAGGCGUGGACUGUGAUGCAGUAGGUGGGGAGCAUGCGCUUCUCCUCCGCACAGAAGACUUCUUCAGCCUCUCUGCCCCUUUCAUGCGCCCGCAUCUGGAAUCCCUACACCUGCAGCUGGCGUCAUGUGGCUACGAGACCCACAUCAUGAAAGACCUCAUAAUUCCAGCCUCAAAAAUAUUGUUUAAAGAUCCGCACCACUUGUGGAAACAUCGAUUCCGUCAGUCAGAGCGACGACAACAGAUGUACAAGGACAUGGGUAUAAAACUCAUUCAGCAUGCGGACGGUGAGAGAGAAUGGAUGGGAUGCGUGAAAGAAAGCCCGCGGUGCUUCGGAACUGUCAUCAAUGACAUGCCUAGUUAUAUUUUCGAGGGCCGUUGGACUCCUCCGUGUUGCCUGAAAGCCUUGAGGGAAACUGUUCAGUACUUAUUUGACAUUCUGGAAGAGCACGAUGUUCGUUACUGGUUAGAAGGUGGGAGUCUUUUGGGGGCCGUAAGACAUAAAGACAUCAUACCCUGGGAUUACGAUGUAGAUAUCGGCAUUUACAAAGAAGACAUCGCUAAGUGUGAACCGCUAGCCAAAUGCGCUAAAGAAAGUUUUAUUGAUGAGCAGGGAUUUAAAUGGGAACAAGCAGUGGAAGGGGGCUUUUUCAGAGUACAGUACAGUGAAUAUAAUCACAUGCACGUAGAUAUCUUUCCUUUUUAUUCACAAAAUGGCCUCAUGACGAAAGACACUUGGAUUAAAGGUCACAGACAGGACACAAAAUUUCCAGAGCGUUUUCUGAAACCUCUCACAAAAAUAGAAUUCGCAGGCAUAGAAGCUUCUGCACCAAAUAACAUUAAGGAGUUUCUAGAGUAUAAAUUUGGAGAAGGUGUCAUUGAAAAUCCAAGGUAUCCAAAUGGCCAGAAUGUCACUGCAGGGUUGUAGGAUCACCCUGAAGGUGCAUAUCAGCCUCAGUACAUCACCCAGGUUUCUGUGUAUUUUCUUUCAGGUGUUUAGAGACUGGCCUGUUACAUGAAGGACAAGAACAUUAUGUAUUGUUUGUGAAAGGUUGUCGCUUGAUUAUGUUGUCCCACAUAUAUAAUCUGUCACAGUUGAUUGUCACGUAGUAUGAAAACUAUAUGAGGAUUGAUAUCAAGUCCAUAUUGUCAGUAAACCAGGCAGCCAUUAUCCAUAUGUUAAGUUCCUGUCCAUCUUAAUUAAAUGUUUGUGCUGGUCAAGUAGCAGAACAGCCUGUGGGGCCUCAGUGAUUUUCUGAAAUCUUGUGUGAAAAAGCAGUUCAGGUACAGUCAAACUUCAUCAAUAAUUUACGUAAAUAAUUGUCUUCAAGAUACCAACUUGGCCCCAGUUUCACGAAACACUCUUAACGUUACUUUCACUUAACUUCCAUGGCGACCAGUACUGUAGGCAAUAGGUCGUCAUGGUAGUAGCGAGCUUGUAACAUUAAGAGGGCUGCGGGAAACUGGGCUGCGAUUGGUAACCUGACAAGGGAAUCUCUCAAUCAAUAUUUGUGAUCUUUUAUGGGCAUUGUAAGUCUCUUAAAUCAGUUCGUCAGUUGUGAUUAUUAAAAUAAUCAAAACUUUUUAAAAUGCAAAUGAUCUUGAACAUUGAAGAAAGUGCAAAG